CCUCAUUACCAGCCACAAAAGAAUUUGACCCCUUUCUGCGGUGCAGAGGAUGUUCUAUCCAAUUUUUACCCUUGCGAUUUGGAUAUCUUUGGAAUGAAACACAAGUCGGCUGAACAUGCCUUUCAGUACAUUAAGGCAGUAAGAUGCGGUGACCCAGAUUCGGCCAAUAUCAUCAAAGAUGCCGAUGAUGCCCUUACCGCUCUACGCUUAGGCAAAAAAAUAAAAUCUAACGAGCAGUGGGAUUAUACCAAAGAGGCAGUGAUGGAGGAGAUCUUGGAAAAUAAAUGUGUCCAGGUCCCUGUUUUCCGCGAUAAGUUGUGUACUUCAAAGCAAUCGACAGUAUUCGUUGAAGCAACAUACAACAACGAAUGGGGCUCAGGGCUUGACCGUGAUGGUACAUGCAACACCAAACCCGAACAGUGGCCAGGAAAAAAUAUUCUUGGUGUCCUGAUGAUAAAAAUCGCAAGAAAAGUUCGAAAGCGAAAGCUGAGUGAUUCAGCAAAAAACGAAAGAAAACAAAAACAAAAAGAUCAUUCGAAACAAAAAACAAUACCGCAAAUGCUUAAUAAUCUGAGAGAAAUGUCCGACAGUGAUGAACCUAGCACGGAGAGUUGUGAUGAUGAUACGUGUAAGUAACUGUAUUAUCUCCGGUCAGACUGAUGCAGCAUUUCAUGAACUUCGGUAUGUGCUCAGUUAUAUCUAUUUACAGACAAUUUUGGCAUACUUUAAAAAUGCUGUAAUGAAUUGGUAUGUUCUAUUUUUACUUGUUAAGUGAUAAGACCUAAUUUAUCCCCCCUCCCUUUUUAUAACAUUAUUACACAUUUAUAUCAACCAUACAAAUGAACAAUUUAAGUUUAC